AUGUCUUCCCAAUCCCUACUCCCCGUCGUCCUCACAGCCGACAACUUUCCAAACUACGCCCUCCCCCCGGCCCCUCCUCCAGCCCCCUACGUCCCCUUCCACCUCACCCUCGCCGACUUUGAGCACUCUGUCUAUCCUCUUGGUCUUCUCCGACUCGAUGUUCUGCUCGAGAUGAGAAAGUACAACGCAAGCUUGGUAGAAGCUGGGAAAGACGCGAUUUGGGGCUUUGUGGAUGAUGGCAAGGGGGACGAGUCGGGAGAAUGGACUAGAGAUACGAAGGGGGUUUACUUCGAGGAAGGGGUAGCCAAGAGUGGUAAAGAGGCAGUGAGUAGAGUGAUGAAGGAGUGCGUGGAAAAGUGGAAAGCCGACGGGCUCUUCCCUGCUGAUGGACAAGCAGGCUGGAGAAACGAGCUUUACGCUAUCUAUGCCUCUCCCCAGUCGUCCGCUUUCGCCUCUACCUCUGACAAGCCCUUGGACAAUGUUGCGUUCCACCUUGAACGAGCUGCUUGUGCGCUGUUUGGGCUCGCGACGUUCGGCGUGCAUUUGACCGCGUAUGAGAUUGUGAACGGAGAGAUGAAAGUAUGGGUACCCCGGAGGAGCAAGACCAAGGCUACCUGGCCUGGGCGGUUGGACAAUUCUGUCGCCGGCGGUAUCACGGCCGGUAUGACCCCAUUCGACUCUAUCAUCAAAGAAUGCGAUGAAGAAGCCAGUCUUCCCGAAGACCUCGUCAGGAAAUACAUCAAGAAUGUCGGUAUUGCAACCUACUUCUACUUUACUGAGACCGGUUUCCUUCAACCCGAGGUGGAAUACCUGUAUGACCUCCAUCUUCCUCCUUCAGACUCUGCAGAGUACAUCCGCCCAGCACCACACGACGACGAAGUCGAAUCAUUCGCCCUACUCACCAUCCCUGAAUUGAUCUCCGCCCUGUACGGUAACGACAUGAAACCCAACUGUGGUCUCGUCUAUGUCGAUUUCUUGAUUCGACACGGGUAUGUGACGCCGGAGAAUGAGCCCAAUUUCGUGGAAAUCGGCAGUAGGCUGAGGAGGAAGCUCGGGGUGGGUAUGCCCGGGCUGGCCUAA